AUGGAGCCGACCAAGGAGCCAGAGUCGCCUAUUGAGGCGUUGAAGGUUCUUCCAAAUAAUACGCAUCAGAAUUGGUUGAAGGAUCGGGGAUUGCGGAAGCUCAACGCUGGGAUCGCACUUAUGUUCGCGUCGUCUGCUGGAACAGGAUAUAAUGGAAGCUUGAUCAAUGGAUUAUUGGUGCUACCUGAAUUUAAGAGUGCAAUCAUUCAUGGCCUCACGCCGAGUAUUAUUGGCCUGAUCAUUGCCGCCACCUCCCUGGGCGCCUUUGUCUCAUUUAUCCCGGCAUCCUAUAUCGCUGAUAGAUUUGGCCGGAAGGUGUGCGUUGGGAUUGGAUCUUGUCUGGUGAUAAUUGCAUCUGUGGUUCAAGUCGGCGUCAAAAGCCACUGGCUAUUUUUCGGCAUGCGAGUUUUGGCCGGCGCGGGCGUGGGCACUGCACAAACAGCUGCUCCCUUGUUGGCAACAGAGAUCGCCCAUCCAAGACAAAGACAGACGGCUACAGCUUUGUACAAUGCGUGCUGGUGCAUGGGAUCGAUUGCAUCGGCAGGUAUCACCUUUGCAACGUUGUCAAUGUCCGGCAGCUGGUCCUGGCGGAUUCCUUGCUUUCUGCAAGCGAUGUACCCUCUGACUCAACUGAUCGGUCUCUUCAUUGUGCCUGAGAGCCCGCGCUGGCUGAUAUCAAAGGGCAGAAAGGAUGAAGCUUUUGUGAUAUUGGCGAAGUAUCAUGCAAAUGGUAGCAUGGAUGAUGAAUUGGUUCUGCACGAAUACGAGCAGAUUUGCAACACUAUACAUGCAGAGAACGCAACUCCUAGCCGCUGGAGCUCUUUCUUUGCCAGUAAAGGAGAAUUCCACCGCCUGGGAAUUUGUGUGCUGGUCGGACUCAUGCAGGAGUGGGCUGGAAAUGGUAUUAUCUCUUACUAUCUGGCUCCUAUUUUGAAUUCUGUUGGAAUUUCGCGAGCCUCCGACCAAGCUGCUGUCAACACCGGCUUGCAGGUAUGGAACUUGAUCCUCUCUUCUACAGGAGCGGUGGCCUCCGAGAAGUAUGGCAGAAGAUUUAUGUGGCUGCUUGGUACGGCUAUUAUGUUGCUUUUCUUGUCCGGAACCACUAUAGUUUCGGGACUUUUUAUGGAGAUGAACAUCAAAGCUGCAGGACUGGCUAUGGUACCGAUGCUUUUCCUGUUCUUCAGUGGUUUUGAUCUCGCAUACUCACCUCUUUUCAUCGCGUACCCGGCGGAAAUCCUUCCAUUCCAGCUUCGCGCCAAAGGCAUGGCAGUGACAUUGAUGACGGAUGCUGCAGCCUGCUUUUUCAACCAGUAUGUUAACCCGGUGGCAUUUUUGGCGCUGCAGUGGAAGUACUAUAUUGUGUAUGUGAUUUGUCUUGUUUUCUUUUUGGCGAUGGUGUACUUCUUCUUCCCAGAGACGAAGGGUCGGUCUCUUGAAGAGGUGGCAAGGAUCUUUGAUCGCGAUUGCAAGCCUACUACCACUGUGGAGGAGAUUGACGGGAAGAGCAGCGAGGAUGAGAAAAACUGA